AUGCUGGACUUAUUCAAUCUCCUCGGAUGGGGAGAUUUUUGGAACGGCGAGGACUUGCCGGCAGGCGCUUCAUCACGCCUAGUGCAUGUUGUGAUUAUUUCACAGAGUCAGCCACCAUGGUUGGCGCGACCUCUCUACGGCUUGGCUGCUCCUGCCAUCAUCCUUGUUACACUGGUCACGAAUUCAUUUGUAGUUGUAGUACUAUCUAAUAAAAAUCUUCGAACACCCACCAACUACAUCCUUUUAUCCAUGGCAAUUACGGAGCUAAUGACUGGCCUAUCGUCGUGUCCUUGGUUUCUAUAUUACUACACAUUUGGAGGUUUGUAUGUCGAUCAGGAGUAUGGUCUACCUGAUUUUUGGUGCAAAACACAUCCUUAUUUCGCUGUUCAUCUUCCCACAAUAUUCCAUACCGCUGCUAUAUGGUUAACUGUAUACCUGGCAAUACAGCGAUAUAUCUACGUGAUAGGUGUUGACUCGUGGAAAGCGCUAAUAUUGUGCCUUCGUGCACUGCUGGUGCACAUACUGCCAUGCGUGCUGCUAAUCAUCUUCACUACGUGCCUUUUCAAAACUGUCAACGAAGCCGAUCGUAAACGUAGUAUACAUCAAAUGCCAAGCCGUAAAGUGCAAGGCAGUUCCGGUUGCUUGUCGUCAAAUCGUUUGAUGCAUGCGACAACUCGAAUGUUACUCGUCGUCAUUGCUAUCUUUUUACUUAUCGAAAUCCCUGUAGCACUAAUAUUUAUUAUGCAUCUGCUUGCUGUAUUUUAUCGACUACUAGAUAUGAGCGAUUACAAAACUGUCAACAAUUUACUGAUAAUAAGAAAUUUUCUGAUCAUAUUGACAUAUCCGCUCAAUUUCGCUAUAUACUUUGGAAUGAGUUCAUCAUUCAAGUUGCAGUUCCGACAACUUUUUUCACGCCAAGUACUAUACGUUGCAUCGCCUGCUGAAGGUGCAGGAUGGCGGCCACGAUUUUCAGUUCAACUGAUCGAUAUUCAUAAAUUACGAAGGCCAAGUCGACUUGCCCGAAAAGUCACUCAGGUGAUCACAAUUUUUUUAAAUGAAAUUUCGACUGCAAACUCUGGUCAUGCGAAUUGCUAA